AUGUCUAAAGUUGAUCGUGGUGGUGCACAACAAACAUCUCUUCUUGAUGUUCUUAAGAAGAAGAUGAGACAGGCUCGUGAAGAAGCCGAAACAGCUAAAGAUGAAGCUGAUGAAGUUAAAAGACAACUUGAAGAAGAACGUAAAAAACGUGAAGAUGCUGAAGCUGAAGUUGCAGCACUCAAUCGACGUAUUGUUUUAGUUGAAGAAGACUUGGAACGUACUGAAGAUCGCUUAAAAACCGCUACUCAUAAACUUGAGGAAGCUUCAAAAGCAGCUGAUGAAGCUGAACGACGUAUGACCCUUCUUGAAGAGGAACUUGAACGUGCUGAAGAGAGACUUAAGAUUGCCACUGAAAAAAUGGAAGAAGCUUCAGCUAAUUGUGAUGAAUCUGAACGUGUCCGUAAAGUUAUGGAAAACCGUUCAUUCCAAGAUGAGGAACGUGCCAAUCAAAUUGAAGGACAACUUAAAGAAGCUCAACUUUUGGCUGAAGAAGCUGACAGAAAAUAUGAUGAGGUUGCCCGUAAAUUAGCUAUGGUUGAAGCUGAUUUAGAACGUGCUGAAGAACGUGCCGAAGCAGGAGAAAACAAAAUUGUUGAAUUAGAAGAAGAGUUACGUGUUGUAGGAAACAAUCUCAAAUCACUUGAGUUGUCUGAAGAAAAGGCUCUUGAAAAAGAAGAGGCCUUUGAUAAUCAAAUUCGUGCCUUAGAUUCACGUCUUAAAGAGAUUGUUGAGUUGGAAGAAGAACUCCGUGUUGUUGGUAACAACUUGAAGUCUCUUGAAGUUUCUGAAGAGAAAGCUUUGCAACGUGAGGACUCUUACGAAGAGCAAAUUCGUAACCUUACUGCUCGUUUGAAGGAGGCUGAGACACGUGCUGAGUUUGCUGAAAGAUCCGUUCAAAAAUUACAAAAAGAAGUUGACAGAUUAGAAGAUGAACUUCUUCAUGAAAAGGAAAGAUACAAAUCAAUCUCAGAAGAACUCGAUCAAACUUUCCAAGAACUUUCCGGAUAUUAA